AUGAAUAAUAAACCUUCACAAAAUGAUCAAAAUGAUCACAUUUUUACUAAACCCAAUAAUUUACAACCAACCGCUCCUGAUGUUAUUCAACUGGAACAAGGUUAUCUUACAAAUAUCGCUGCCAAUUCUGACUUUCCCAUGAAUGAUGAUAAUAUUUUCCCGACAUCUCAAACAAAUAAUAAUUACUUCGUUCAUCAACUCACAUCUAAUGAAAACAUCACCUCAACUUCUAUCAGUUCGCCGUAUGUUCAGCAGUAUGAUCAUCCGCAACCUAUUGAAAAUACUUCUUCUUCAUUUGGUUCAUUUAACAUGACUACUAUUAACCCUUCUCAGUCUGAAAUCUUCAGUUUUGACAUUCCUGGCUAUAAAAUCAUCAUUAUACCUACCUUCCCUCAACAAGAUAAUACUUAUUCGAACUAUUCUUCUUUAGGUACUACGGAUAAUCAAUUUACUCAAUUUCGACAAUAAAAAUUUUAAUUGCG